AUGUUAUUUCUAUGUGUAACAAGAUUUAAUCUUAAGGAAGCUGAGGCAAAGCAGCUCCAGCAGUUCUUUUCAUUAGCUGAGCUCGAGUCAUUAAAGGAGGAACUUAAUGAUCAUACAGAGGAUGCUGAGCUUGAUUUGAUUAGUGAUAAUGAGGAGGAGGAGGAGGAGGAGGGAAUAUAG